CAGACUGAGGCGUCAUCGCUUCGCUUGCAGCGGGGAUUCUUGAGCCCGGCGAGGCCUUUCUUUUCUUGAAGCCGUUUGGCUUUACUUUAACUUUCUGAGAUACACAAUACAGAACAUUUGACUGAAUCCGAUAUACGAUUUCAACCUUUGCCUUUCAACCAUGCACCGUACCGCGUUCUACUCCCUCUGCCUGGUGCUUUUCGCCGACUUACUCUGCAUCGGGACGGCUGAUGUCUCCCUGGUUAACGAGGAGGUGAAACGCACGGUGGACUUGAGCACGCACCUGGCCAAAAUAACGGCAGAGGUCCUGCUCUCUAAUCAGGGAGAAUCAGCAGCACACAGCUUCGUCGUAGCGCUGGAACCCGACCUGGCCCCGCAUCUCGCCUACAUUGGAGUAUCAGUGAAAGGUGAGGAAGAGGAAGACAGCAAUUUGGAGCUCAAAGAGACCACAGUGAAAGACCACAGUGGGAAGUUUUUCCAGGUGCAGCUUCCCUCUGCACUGGCAGGGGGCAGUAAACUGCGGCUGCAAGUGGAGACCGUGUUUAGCCACGUGCUCAGGCCCUUCCCCACGCACAUCACCCAGGCGGAGCGGCAGUUGGUAGUGUUCCAGGGCAACCACUACUGGUACUCGCCUUACCCCACCCGCAGUCAGACCACACGCCUUCGCCUUGCUUCCAAGACUGUGGAGAGCUACACCAAACUGGGUAACCCCAGCAAGAGCGAUGAAAUCAUUGAGUACGGGCCCUUCCGUGACAUUGCCCCCUACACACAGGACGCUAUGAAGAUCCACUACGAGAACAACACCCCCUUCCUUACCAUUAGUAGUAUCACCCGCACCAUUGAGGUCUCCCAUUGGGGGAACAUCGCUGUGGAAGAGACCAUCGACUUGCGUCACACAGGGGCCUUCCUGAAAGGGCCCUUCUCACGUUAUGACUAUCAGCGUCAGUCUGACAGUGGCAUCUCCUCCGUCAAAUCCUUCAAGACCAUCCUUCCUGCCUCUGCGCAGGAUGUGUACUACCGUGAUGAGAUCGGCAACAUCUCCACUUCUCACCUGCUGGUUCUGGAAGAUUCUGUGGAGGUGGAGGUGCGGCCCCGCUUCCCCCUCUUCGGUGGCUGGAAGACUCAUUACAUCAUCGGCUACAACCUGCCCAGCUAUGAGUACCUGUACACUCUGGGUGAUCAGUAUGCUCUGAAGAUGCGUCUGGUGGACCAUGUGUACGACGACCAAGUGAUUGACUUUCUCACAGUGAAGCUUAUCCUUCCCGAAGGGGCCAGGAACAUCCACAUGGACAUGCCCUACCCUAUUGACCGUGUACCUGACCAGCUGCACUACACCUACCUGGACACCUUUGGGCGCCCUGUGCUGGUGGCUACCAAAAGCAACCUUGUGGAGCAGCACAUCCAAGAUGUGGUGGUUCACUACACCUUCAACAAGAUCCUGAUGCUGCAGGAGCCACUGCUGGUGGUUGGGGCCUUCUACAUCCUCUUCUUCACCGUCAUCAUCUAUGUGCGACUUGACUUCUCCAUAACCAAGGACCCCGCUGCAGAGGUGCGCAUGAAGGUGGCCUCCAUCACAGAGCAGGUGCUGACCCUGGUCAACAAGCGCCUGGGGCUGUACCGCCAGCUGGACGAGGUGGUCAACCGCUACAAGCAGUCACGUGACACCGGUGCCCUCAACAGCGGCCGCAAGACCCUGGAAGCGGAGCACCGCACUCUUACCAAUGACAUCGCCUCGCUGCAGGCCCGCCUCAAAGCCGAGGGCUCUGAUCUCGCAGACAAGGUGGGGGAGGUGCAGAAGCUGGAUGGCCAGGUGAAGGAGCUGGUGUGUCGCUCUUGCCAGGAGGCGGAGCGUCUGGUGGCAGGGAAGGUGAAGAAGGAGGCAUACAUCGAGAGUGAGAAGACUCUGGCCAACCGGAGGCAGGAGCUCAUCUCUCGCAUUGACAGCCUGCUGGAUGCACUGUAAACAUGCUGAGGAGCACACACACAUAUACACCCGCACCCAGCCCUUACACACACACACACACACACACACACACACACACGCAGGCACAUAUCCGCCCUAACCUUAUACAUACGAUUUGCCGUUGCACACAUACACACACACACACACACGACCUGCCGUUACACACACAGUAUGUGUGCGAUUACUUUUGAGAUACUGGCACUUACUGAUGCAUACAAAAGCUGCCCUGCACCUGCCCCCAAACACAGACACAGCAUGCAAAUAUUGAGUCCUCACAUCUCACACACACACAAACGCAUACACACACACACACACACGCAUACACACACACGCGCACGCACGUGCACGUGUGCGCGUACAGCUGGAGGCUUGCCUGCCUUCAUUAUCGCCUCAGUAAAAAUGUCAGGCAUGCUGCAAUUGGCCAGCUGUGUGCAGGGGGUGUGGUUUUGCGGGUGAGAAAUGUUGUAUGUGUCCAGUGGAAAUGCAGCAUUUGUGUUUUAUUUUGGGUUUGUUUUUUACAUGUUCACCGUGCCGAUUGGUUGAUGUAGAUGUUAGGAAGAAAACAGAUUUUACUGUGGAAGACUUCAAAUAUGUUCCUAUGUAUUUGUGAGAGUUAGCUAUUCAAAAUUCCCAUACAAGUAUCGCCUCUUACAUUCAUCCCCAUCCCUUUGAUUGGCCUGCAAAGAGGUGCUAAAUGAUGCUAAACCUGGGGCUCCUUAGCUUACUGAUUGGGCCAGUCAUCUUGCAGUGUUGUGUGAUACUGGUGAAUAAAACCUCUAAAAAAAUCAUCUCCAUGAGCACCUGCUUGCUUACACGGUGCUGACUAUCUCUCUCACACAUUUGAACUCAAAAACACCUAAAUGCAAGUCAGUGCCUUUGCAGGUGUGGUGCGCUUUUUUUGUCAGUGACUGCGGUUAAGUUUCUACUGUUUUGAUAAUGCAAUCUUCGUUCAUUUUAUGAUUUCUCUUUGUUAAUGAGAAGCUUUCUGUAAUGUGAGAGUUGUACCUGCAUGAGAUUAUGGCAUGGGUGGGGUGGGUUGAUGGGAAGACAUGGAUUUUGUUCCACUGGCACAAGAGAAGGAAAUGGAAAUGACCAAAUUUGAAAUA